UGUGGGGGCGUCGGGUGGGCGGAUCGUCUUCUUCCUCGUCUGGCCGAGCCGAACGCUACUAGGCCCGUGCGAUUUAGCCGCCGAGCUUUUACUUCGAGCUGAAGAAUUCCCUUUUCUUCCCCCACAAUUCCCAGCUGAAAGAUACUCUCGAUCCAGCGCUUCUGCAUUUUUGGAUCUCGCGUCGCUUCGCGAUCCCAUCCCUUCGCGAUCCCAUGGCAUGAACUGAAGGAGAAAAGAGGAGGAACGACAUCGGGAUCGGAGCGUGGAAGGCUCUAAGACGAUCGUCGAUUCCAGCUCCGAAGUUCAAGGCUUCCUCGCUUUGAUCUGAGAGAGAGAGAGAGGCGAGAAUGGCGGCGGUCGCGGUCCACCAGUUCGCUCCCUGCAUCACCUGCCACGCCUGGAGUCCCGACCGCUCCAUGGUUGCAUUCUGUCCGAACAAUAGUGAAGUUCACAUUUACAAACUUUCAGAAGACAAGUGGGAGCAAGCUCAUAUUCUCCAAAAGCAUGACCAAAUUGUUUCUGGAAUAGACUGGAGUUCCAGGGCAAACAGAAUAGUAACGGUGUCCCAUGAUCGAAACUCAUAUGUAUGGAAUUAUGAAGGAUCAGAGUGGGUACCCACCUUAGUUAUCCUCAGGCUAAACCGAGCCGCACUUUGCGUUCAAUGGAGCCCACAAGAAAACAAAUUUGCUGUUGGGAGUGGGGCUAAAACAGUGUGCAUAUGCUACUACGAGCAAGAAAAUAACUGGUGGGUCAGUAAACUCAUCAGGAAAAGACACAAUUCAUCGGUAACAAGUGUUGCUUGGCAUCCUAACAAUAUUCUUCUUGCCACAACAUCAACAGAUGGAAAAUGUCGUGUAUUUUCCACUUUUAUUAAAGGUGUUGAUACAAGGGAUUCCAAAGCAGGGUCUUCAUCUGACUCGAAAUUCGGACAGCAAAUUCUUCAACUGGACCUCUCAUUCUCCUGGGCAUUUGGUGUAAAUUGGUCACCCAGCGGCAAUACCUUAGCUUACGUUGGUCAUAGUUCUACGAUUUAUUUCGUGGAUGAUGUCGGUCCCUCCCCAUUGGCGCAGAACGUUGCAUUCCGCGAUUUGCCCCUCCGUGAUGUGCUAUUCAUAUCUGAGAAAGUAGUCAUUGGUGUGGGAUUUGACUGCAACCCAAUGGUAUUUGCAGCAGAUGAAAGUGGCAUGUGGAGCUUUGUCAGAUUCCUUGGGGAGAGGAAGACGUCAUCAACUGGUCCCAAGUAUGGUUCGCAGUUUUCUGAAGCAUUUGGGAAACUGUAUGGCCAGUCUAAGCACGGUAUCAACAAUGAUGGUGUCGACAAUUCAAGACAGCGAGGAGGGGUUCACGAGAACUGCAUAACUUGUAUUGUGCCACUUGGGGAGGCUGGGAGUUCGACCAUAACACGCUUCAGCACUUCAGGAUUGGAUGGUAAAGUGGUGAUUUGGGACCUGGAGAGUCAACAAGACCUAUUAGAAUAUCUAUAGGAGCUUGCUUUCUCUGUAGCAGGGAGCGAGAAUAUCAAUUCCGUGAUGAUGUAUCCUGAUGCUCUUUGUACAUUGAUAUGAUCCACAUAAUAAGAUCAGAAUAACAGUUUGUACUGUAGCUAUUCAAUUUCCUUCUGAUGAUGGUUCUUGAAAUGAACCUCUCUUUCUCUCU